ACUAAGUUAUGAACUCUAACAGAUGUUACACUGGUGCUUUCUCAUUGGCACUCCGAAGAAACGGUACUCCUUUCAACUCGUAUGAGACCAGACGUCUAGUAAUUACUCGGCCUAUGCAAUUGGUCUCCUCCGAUAGUCAUCUCCAUGGAGUGACUGUCUUCCCGUGCUGUGUUUCUUGAAGCCUUUGCCUGAUAUUAACUCCUUUCCAUGGGCAAAUCACUAAUUCACAACGUUUAUUAAGAACAGCCGUGUGGAGUAGUGUGCACCAUUUGCCGAAGACAGUUGGUACGUCGCAGCCUACACGGAAUCAGUCUCCACCUGUUUACUUUUUGGUCGUUGUUUCCAAAUAUUAUGUUGGAGAAUCUCAUUUGAAUGUCGAAUAAAGCAUAUUUUGGCGCAACUGCUGCAAAUUUUUCGUUUUUGUCUCGUUGCGGAGAAUGAUUAGUUGAUAUAGAUGGAAAGUGGCCUCAAUUAUUUGGCGUAUAACAAGACUGAGAUGCAAGGCAGAGCAAUGGACCGUUUCCUAACCUCACCACUCCCCCAUCAGCCUAAUGGUAAUACAAAACAAAACAAAUCUCAAGGUGCUCAAUUGUUUUCUGAAAAUGCAAAUCCUGAAUUGGACCACAAAGUGAAAAAAGUCACCGAGAAGUUCUCGGAGAAUCUUCACAUCGUUGCCAACGAGCCCUCCCUUGCCUUUUACCGCAUACAAGAGCAUGUGAGGAAGUCCAUGCCACAGCUUGUCGAACAAAGGCAUGAAGUCGAGGAUUUACAUCAGCAAGUCCAGGGCAGCUGCUUUGAUAUGGAAUAUGCAGCAGGUGCUGUCCGAACAAUGAACCAAAGCCGAGCUCACUUUCAGAACAUACAGGAUCUCUUAAAGAACUCCAUGUUCAUGAAACAACAAAUAGAAUAUGAAAACAAUCGAAGCUUUCUUGCCAUUGUCUAUGUCUGGAGUGUACAAGGACCAGUUUUAAUUCAAUUUCAAGCAGAAAACACCAAGAAGUUCAAGGUACUGGACUUCAUACAUUAAGGCGUUCCAAUCAAUGCUGAGGACUCUGGUAUAACUACCACCCAGCUAACGUUUGGGUUAACUCUUUAUGGAAAAUCAGUUCUCCUUCCUUUAAUUUAGAUGUGACUGUUUGAUGGAAAAUAUUGAGUUAAAUGCUUUCAGUGGUAUAAUAUCUUAACACCCUGUGCUUUGUGUAUUAUGCUUGGCGUCUUCCCAUUCCCAUUAAUUUGCCUUUCCCUCGGUCAUCCUAGGCGUUCCUCACUGGCUGCUGUCACUGACUAGCAUGUGAGUACUUAGAACUGUUAACAUGCAUCCUAACUGGUAGUGGUACUGGUAGUCUAAGUUUGCAUGUGGCAUGAGUGAAGAUUACUCUAUAGAUUCAUGGAUAGUUGUUACAGUUAAAUUUGUGUUUAUCUGACUUAUACAUGAACUAGAUAUUCACAUAUAACAGACAGUCUUCCAAGUCUGUUUGUCAUUAUCAUAAUGGAUUUCGUAUAUAAAAGACAAAAAAUACUUGUCAUGUCAAGUCCGAUAUAUACAUGUACUAAUUCUAUUGUAUCUGUUCGGUGCAGGAUAGUUGCUCAUAACUCACAGUGACUGGGACGUGUUCUUUUCAAAUUGUGCAUGCUACAUUUAGCAAAAAGGAAUGACUAAGCUUAGCAUGUGUCAAAAACAAGACUUUUGGCAUUUGUGUUUGGUGAAAGGCUUCUGCAGUCUCAGUCUAAGUUCUGUCCAACAUCAUGAUUAAUUGGGUACCAAAAGGUGGAAUGUGAAUUGUUUAAAGUAAUCGAAGAAGAAAUUACCGGUCAUUUUUCCCAGUGAUGUGUAUUCAUAAUUUGUUGCAUAUGAUAUGACACUCAUCGUAUUUUCUGGGUUAAUCAAGAAGUUGGUUUCUGUUAAAUAGUUCAUUUUAUUUGUUAUAAUUUAACAGACAUUUUUGAAGCAAAUCCAGUUUAUUCUCAGUUAAGAUUAAUUCUUUGAAUGGCAGGAAGAGAACCAAAAUACAUGUACAUGCACUCAGUCAAUACUCUCAAACUAUAAGACAACUGCUUGUCACUGUCAGUCACUCCCAAAUCAAAAAAGGUCCACUGACUGCAUGUACUGUCACUUAAAUAUCUCUAACAUCUAAAACAUUUUCAGGAUGCAGGAACGAACUAAUCCAAGUAUGUAUAGGUCAUUAUUGCGGCAACAAAAGACAUUUGAUCAUGCUGCAGUUGGAAUAAAUAACUCGGAUCAAGAUGAGGUAUUCACGUCGAGCGAUCAGCCGUCACGAUUUUCU